GUGACCGUGCUCGCGCAGCCUCGGUUUCCGCACACCGGAGUUCUGCAGUUUGACCGGAAGACAAAUGGGAAAAAAGCAAACAUCCACCGUGACGCCGGCGUUACCGUCUCACUGAUCGUGCUCAAAGUGUAUUCAUCUCAUUAGAGGCUCGAUGAGGAAACAGCGGAGGAAAUAAAACAAGUCCCGCGUGGCAGGAGCUCUGCGGCUUUUACCGUCCAUUACAUCCCCGCUAAGGAAAAGAGACGAUACCAGGCGGAAGUGGAAGAGCGGUGCUCCCAGCAGGUCUAUGAGACGGUGAAUCAUGAGGUUAACAGGGCCCCUGAGAGUUGUGGCUGUGCUGCUGCUGGUAGGGCUCACAUGGCUGCUGGCAAGCACUUUCUUUGGAGAGGAUAGUAGCUCAACUGUGCGACAUUUCUUCAGUGGUGCAAGUGAGGAGCCAACUCCAGCCGAACCCCAUCCUCGCAGGUAUAAAUGUGGACUUUCAGCUCCCUGUCCCCCGAAACAUUUGGCUUUCCGCCUGGUGUCCGGUGCUGCCAACGUCAUCGGUCCCAAAAUCUGCCUGGAGGACAAGAUGUUAGUGAGCAGUGUGAAGAACAACGUUGGCAGAGGACUGAACAUAGCUUUGGUGAAUGGGGUAACAGGAGAGCUCUUGGACACAAAGAGCUUUGAUAUGUGGGCAGGAGAUGUUUCUGACCUGUUGAAGUUUCUCCGACCGCUCCACGAGGGAACACUCGUGUUCGUGGCUUCUUUUGAUGAUGCUGCCACAAAGAUGAACGACGAGACGAGACGACUCUUUGAGGAGCUCGGGAGCACGGCUGUGAAGGAGCUGGCCUUCAGAGACAGCUGGGUGUUUGUAGGUGCUAAGGGCAUCGAGAACAAGAGUCCUUUUGAGCAGCGCAUGAAGAACAGUAAGAGCAACAACAAGUACGAAGGUUGGCCUGAGUCUCUGGAGAUGGACGGCUGCAUUCCUCUUCGACCACCGCUGGAAGGAUAACUGUGCCACGUCUUCCCUCACCUUCACUUCACUAGCACCUGCAGUAGCAGCAGUGGAUCCAGAUGACUGUUAGAAAGGAGCCGCUGAACGACUGAAAAACCCCGAGAUUUUGUGCCACGUAACCUUUUUUUGAAUUUUUCUUCUAAUGGCAGAAACGAACGCUGACUGAGAAGUUUGCCUCCGGACUUGAUAUAUUUAUAAUAACUGGAACCUGUUGUGGAAGAUUUGUGCAUUAGAAGGUUUGUGAGCCACUUUCGAGUUGGUAAAGAAACUUGAGAGGCCGUAUGUUUCAUGACCAAAAAGUAACAGUGACUAGUGAAUGAAUACAGCUGGAGUAGGUCUUCCAAAGUCAUUAUAGAAAAAUGGACACAUCUCCUCUCUUCAAGUCUGCCUGCGGGGUGUCAACAUUGUGAGCUUGAGUGACAGGAUCAUGAGCUGUUGUAACCGUUGGCGGCAAAAGACGGCGAACCAGUUUCACACCAAGGCAAAUGGAAAGCUAAUCCACAUCAGCACCAGACAAACAUCUGAGGUCCACUAGUAGUUUUUAAAAGUUCUACUACGGCCCAUGUCUGUGUGAAGAUUUUAUAUUUAAAUCUGUUGAAAUAUGGUUUUGUCCCGUGGUAUAUACAAGGCUAUGAUAUUGUUAUGCAUAGUGUUAGAUGUCAUUGUUUCCUAAGAACCUGGUUCGUAGGACUUAUUGCUUGCCACGUUUACAGGUUCGUUAAACAGCAAUUAUUCAUUUACCUUUGAUUAAACCUAUUUAUUUUAAGACUUUUAUUAAGAACACAGCAGACUGAUCGAGUGGAUUCAUUAUAACACUGCUCAUGGUUUUAAUGUAGUCUUAGGCCUGCGAGCAUUUUUCCAAGGAGUGCUUUGUUUAAGAGGUUCAGCCUAAAUGUGUCUGUGGAUCCGGUUUUUUUUUUUAAGAUUUUGAAUGUAUCCACCUGGCGUCUUGCAAGCCGAACGUGAAGGAAAUAUUCAACGCAUAGAAAUACUAAAGAUUAUUUAUGUAUGUUUAGAAGUUCAUUUCAACUGCCUUUUCCUGGAUUAUGUCAUAUUACCUCUAAGUGUCAUUGUUUUUUUUUAACAAAGCAUCCAGGUCUGUGUCUAUAUUGUGACAAUGUGGAUGAAUAAUGAUAAUAAUAAAUGAAAAAAUGCCCAUA